GGUCUGGAGUGUGGACAUGUGGGUGAAUGUCUACCAUAGCCCUAAUUUUCAACCUGGGAUCUGAAGCAGAAUGGUUGAGUGCAGAAAUCUGCCUGGCAAAUUAAAUUGAUCAGACAACGUAAACUUCAAACGGAGUCAGGCUCCAAAAAAGGCAAAGAAGAAGAUAGAAGGUGGCUCCAAUGUAUUCUCAAUGUUUGAACAAACCCAGAUCCAGGAGUUCAAAGAAGCCUUUACCAUCAUGGAUCAGAACAGGGAUGGCUUUAUUGACAAAGCAGACUUGAGAGACACAUUUGCUGCACUAGGUCGUCUGAAUGUCAAGAAUGAAGAGCUAGAAGACAUGGUGAAGGAGGCGCCAGGUCCCAUUAACUUCACUGUCUUUCUUACGAUGUUUGGGGAAAAACUGAAAGGCACGGACCCAGAAGAAACCAUUCUGAAUGCUUUUAAGAUUUUCGACCCAGAAGGAAAAGGCCACAUAAAGGCAGACUACAUCAAAGAAAUGCUUAUGACACAAGCAGACCGGUUCAGUCAAGAAGAGAUCAACCAGAUGUUUGCUGCUUUCCCUCCAGAUGUCUCUGGUAAUCUUGACUAUAAGAACCUCUGUUACGUUAUCACCCAUGGUGAGGAGAAAGACUAAAAUGAAAGAUGAGCUUCUCCUGUGAUGAUGCACCAAGUCAUUUCAUUGUGCUUUUCUGUGCAAGACAAAAGGCUGAACAUUCAGUAUGUGAAGCCAUGUGGUCAUCAGAAGAGAACCAAUAAAAGAAGUGAAAUUAGAUUAAAGUUGUUUAAUGCUCCUGUUUUUAUAAAAGAUGAAAAUACCAAUUUUUGUGAGUUUUUUCCCAUCCUUUUUUUCAUCAGUGGUUUGCAAUGGAAUUUUCUUGAUGAACUGAUGCUGUUGUGAUUUAUUGACAAUCCUAAUGUUCACCAGAUGGUCCAUUGGGCACUGCAAUGUUGCUUAACCUCUUGUCUUUUAUAUAUAAGCUCCAUGUGUUGAUUGAGAAAUCCUCUAACUUACUGCAUUGGGAAGAAAUAAAAUUCUUUCUCCUUGCAAUGAAAGUGCAAAUAAAACAACCUUAAGCUCUGAA